UGGCUGUACCCAUGGCCGUGUUGUUUGUUUGGCCCUCUGAGCCUGGCCUCCCUUGACUCUUGUCUUCCAGAUCCUCCCCAGCCUUCAGGCCAGUGGUUCCAUUCUGGAUAUGGUGAACAGCUGCUCCAUGCUCUACCGUCUCCAGAUGGAAGGGGUGUCCCUUGGCCAGCGGUGGCAGGCUGUCCUACCGGUGACUAAGAAGCAUACCCAGGACCACGUCCUUCUGUUCAAUGACGCUCACUUCCUGAUGGCCUCUCUGGGUGCCCGGGACCUCCAGACCACACAGGAGCUGCUGACCACCCUGAAGGAGGCCAGCGAGUCCCCAGGAGAGAACUGCCAGCACCGGUUGGCACAAGAUGUGGGGCUGCCCCUGUGCCAGGCCCUUGUGGAGGCCGAGAACGGGAACCCUGACCGAGUCCUAGAACUUCUCUUGCCAAUCCGCUACCAAAUCGUCCAGAUUGGGGGCAGCAACGCCCAGAGAGACGUCUUCAACCAGCUGUUGAUUCAUGCGGCCCUCACCUGCACUUCCAGCGUCCAUAAGAAUGUGGCCCGGAGCCUUCUGAUGGAGCGUGAUGCCUUGAAACCCAACUCACCCCUGACUGAGCGGCUCAUCCACAAGGCAGCCGCUGUGCAUCUUAUGCAAUGACCCAGGCCCAGUCCUUGGCCUACAGCUCAGUGCUAACCUCCUGGCAUUAGGUUGACUGUCCGGUUGGGUCAGGGUUAGGGUUAGGAAAUAGCUGGGCCUGCUAGUCAGAGAAUAAGGUAGAAUUCUCCAAAUCAGUCUUUGGUGGAAAUAGGGGACAGAAGUUAAUUUUGGGUGAUAUUCAGAAUUCCUCUCAGGGUCAACAUGCAUUUUUAUUAUGUAUACAACAUUCCUUCCAUGUAUUCCUGCAGGCCAGAAGAGGGCACCAGAUCUCAUUAUAGAUGGCUGUGAGCCACCAUGUGGUUGCUGCGAAUUGAACUCAGGACCUCUGGAAGAGCAGUCAGUGCUCUUAACCUCUGAGCUACCUCUCCAGCCCCGUCAACAUGCAUUUUUAAGCCUUCAGAACCAAAGCAAUGCCAUUAUUUGCAGGUGCAUUGAACAUUGUACUUUCUUGUUCAAGUAGGCAGGCAGGGCAGAGCUGUGGCCAGCUCAGCCGGGAGGUAUCCAAGCACCUCCCACACACCUGGCACAGUAAAACUUUUCAUUUAGUUUCCCUUCUCUUCUACACAGGGCCUGCUGUCCCAUUUCCCUGGGGAGAAUUUCAGUGAACUGUCCAGGGUCCCAGCUAUCAGAAGCUUUUCCUUUUGCGAGGGGGUAGGGUUGCGGGAGGGUGUCGAGGUCCGAUGCCCCAACUACAUUAACUACUUUUCCCUCUCUGGACCAGCGUGGAGGAGAUGGGAAUAAAGACAUGACUCACAUGGUUUCA